UUGAAUUCCCAACCGAGGCCCUUGUGUUUUGGUCGAGUCAGGAAAUUUGCAAGAAGUUUAAUGGACUAAAACUAACUUAUCCACCACUUCAGAUAAGCUUUGGUGCGAGUUGUUCUCCGUUUAAAUGUGGAUUUGACUGACCUAAUUAUAAAUGUUGCUGGCGGAGGUAAAAAAGCUCAAAGUGGCCGAGCUGCGUGCCAUGUUAACGGAGCGAGGUCUCGAUCCCAAAGGCUUGAAGGCCGAGUUGGUAGUUCGGCUCAUAUCUGCGAUUGAAGCCGGCGUUGAACCCAUUAAAAGUGGAAAUGAAGGAGAAACGACGCGUGAGACGACGGACAAACCGAGUAAAACGCAUGCACAUGAACUGCCAAAGCAUUCCUUGGAAUAUGAGCAGUGCGCUCGAGAGCGGUCUCCAGUAUGCACUAAUCUCUCUAAUACGAGUAUACGUACUUACACUGAUCAAAGUACACAAACUGACCCAAAUCAACUUUGCUCAUGCGCUGCCACAAGAACCAUAGCACAACAGCUAACCUCUGGGACCUCGGAGGCCAUUAUAACAGAUCUAAAUCAUCCGGGAGAGAACGUACAACAUGAGAGACCACCGCAGUCAGCUGCAGAUCCUGUCGCCGUGGCAACCGCUGCUUCAGUGGAGAUGUAUGUAACGUUAGUGUCCGGAUGCUCAUCACCAGUCUCUAAAAUUCCAGUGUCAGAUGGAGCACAUGAGCAAGAUCACUUGCUCAACCGACAGUCAGAUAACCCUGAGACAGUGGAUACCACCCUGGAGGAAAUCACGGGAAUGAAAAGGCCUUGCGAUGAAAGAGGCAGAGAUUAUUAUGAGUUCAAAGAGGACAUUCAUUACAUCAGAGCUAAGGCACCAGAGCCUCUACCAGACACUGUAGAUGAAGCUGAAAUAGACUUUGAGGAUGUCAGACUGGAUUCAUAUAACUGUGACCUGCAUUUCGAGGUGACUUCCGAUGGAAGCGGCGGGCAGCCUCUGUUCUGGGAGAAAUUCCCUCUGCUGUGGUCGGGGUGUAGGAUGACUCAUGGAUUUUAUCAAGGAAAGAUCGGAUUCGAAGUCAAGUUUGUGAAGUGUCUGUCGUCGCCUGCAUUAGAUACGAGUUAUGACCCUGAUCUGCACAUGCUCAGAGUGGGUUGGUCUGUGGACAACACAAGCCUUAAGUUAGGAGAAGGAGAGCUGUCAUAUGGUUUUGAUGGGCGGGGCAAAAUAGUAACAAGUGGAAAGGAGGAGGAGUUUGGCGAGCCCUUUUCAGAAGGGGACAUCAUCGGCUGCUUCGCUGCCAUCAAUGAAAGAGGAGAAGCCACAUUGUCAUUUCACAAGAAUGGCCGUUCUCUUGGAGUGGCGUUUCAGCUCACUGCCUCUGCUCUAGGAGGCCAAGCUCUCUAUCCUCACAUACUUUGCAAAAACUGCUCAGUAUGUGUAAAUCUUGACCCAGACACUCGAUGGCAUUCUUUUCCUGCUGAUUUCUGCACGCUGACCUCACUUCCUCCUGGUCAGAGGACCCGUGCUCUUUUGCCAGCAGCCACCAGAAGAGACUGUGAGGUGUUGAUGAUGGUUGGUUUGCCGGGUUCGGGUAAGACCCACUGGGCUCAGAGUCAUAUGAAACGUAACCCAAAGAAACGUUAUCAUCUAAUAAGUACAAACUCUGUACUGGACUGCAUGAGGGCACCCCUUGGUGGCAAUCACAGAGACCUGAUACUGCAGCAGGCCACACAGUGUGUCAGUCACCUGAUCAGAAUAGCUGCAAACAAGCGGAGAAACUACAUCGUUGAUCAGGCCAACAUUUAUCCGUCUGCCCAGCUACACAAAAUGAUGUGUUUCCAUGGUUACCAGCGAAAAGCACUAGUGGUUUUUCCAGCAGACGAGGUGUGGAAGAGACGUCUGGUACAGCACCUGGAGGUGGAGGGCACGGCCGUUCCGGAAAUGUCUCUUCUUAAAGCCAAAGCAAGCUUCACGCUGCCUGAACAGGGAGAGCACUUGGAUGAAGUGAUGUUCGUGGAGCUUUGCUUCGACGAGGCCCUGAAACUCUUAACACAGUAUAAAGAGGAGGCACGAAGCCUUCUACCCACACCUCCAAAACGCAAAAAACACAGACAUGGAAACCAUAAGCACCUCAUCCAUCAUUGUGGGCGGAGAGGAAGUCCAUAUAGCUGUCAAUCACACAAUCGGUGCUCGCUCAAGAAAACACAUGGUUGGCCUGCCUCUGGUCAGUCUUACGGAUGCGGCAGUGAUCCACAAAGAUACAGGAAGUAUUACAGACCCUACACUGGACAGUGGAACUGGUGUGACCAAAGCCAGAAUUAUUAUGGUUGUUCAACAUAGCUUUAGAUAAUUCCACCAAUUAAUGUUGGUUGCACAAUGUUUUUUCAGAAGCUUUUAUAUAGCAG